GUCAGUGUUUAUUGAGUUCACAAUGGAGUUAAUUCGAAUUUUCUUGAUAGUUAGUGUUGAUUUGUAUUGUGCGAUGCUUGCGAAUGGAAAGCCAGAUCCACCAACAGAUGUUCGAAUAGAUAUAAUUGAUAAUACUGCUAAAGUCUCAUGGAUAAUACCUUUCAACCAAGGGGUAAUGUAUUCUCGGAUUUAUCUUAACAGUUCAAAAGAAGGCGACAUGUUUUUAGAUGAAAGAAAAAAAGAAAAAGAUAUACCAUUUCCAGAUUCCAGCUUUGAGAUCGCAAAUUUAAAGAUGUGUUCAGAGUAUUAUGUCAGAAUACAAUCUAUAAGUGGAUCAAAAAAUUCAGAAUUCACCACACAAACGUUUUGGAUGACAAACACCACAUUUACUGCUGAAAUUGACGAAAAUGUUACUUUAUCAUGGAGGACCAGUUUGACCUAUUUAUAUGUAGUUAUGGGGCCCACGGGAUUCACCUUAUUUGAGGUACAUUUUGACAUGUUAAUGUCUAAUGUGGCUGAAGCAAAAUACAAAUUUGACGUCACGACACAGGAUGUAAACACCAUCAACAUUACCGUUAUCAAUGUGAAGAAGACAGAUGCUGGGCUAUACCAAUCAAUCGAUAGAUAUAGGAAUAAUAAAGUUAAUGGAUGCUGUGUUUUAGUUGUAACAACGAAACCAAUGAAUCCAAUUUUAACCAUUGAUCCCGAGCAGCCAUUCGUCAACAAUAACAUUUCCUUAUCUUGUAAUUCAAUGGUUCAACGGUGGCCUAGAAACAUACCAUCAAAACUGUCAUAUCAGUAUUUUGGAACUACAAGAGGAGAUACCGACAACAAUAAGCUAAUAUUACAAUCACUUACAAAGUCAGAUAAAGGAAUAAACAUAUCAUGUCAGGCAACUGAUGAUCUUGGAAAUGUAUCUAACAUGAGUAAAAGUAUUAGUUUGGAUCCUUAUUGUACGUAUAAUAUAGUUGUAUAAAUAUUCAAUGUCAACUGUAGUGUGGUAGAAAUUAGUGUCAUUUCCAUGCUUCAGGUAUGGUUUAUACUUUAUUUGGCCUUUUUUAGUUUUUUGAUUCGAGCGUCACGUAUGAGUCUUUUGUAGAAGCAACGCGUUUCUGGGGUUCAAAAUUUUAAGCCUGAUAUUUAUGAUGAGUUUAUUCAUAAAUGUGUGGUAUAUGCUACAAGAAAAAUCUAUUACUCAUUUAAAAAAGGCUCUUAACAUAGUAUUUUUAUAACAGAAGUUUGUCUGGCAACCAACAUAAAUUUGCAAAAAAUGUCAAAUGCUGAAAAGUAAUAUUGUCUUUUGUUAAAGCUAACAAAUUUUGAAACAUAAUACCAGUACAAUAAUACUGAUAAUGAAUACUUCCAAAAAAUUGUGAAAUCUUAAUUAUUGCAAACAUGAAUCAACAUGGUUGUUUUGCUGUAAUGUCAUAUGUAUAUUACAUUUUAUCCGUUACUAUGACAUGUACCUUACGUUCUAAGGUAUUUAUAUAGCACACUAACUAAAUAGUUUACUAGUGGAGUAUGAACAUCUUACCUUUCAGGAGCACCAGCCGAUUUAUAAUGCAGGUUUUGUUGAUCGCUGUGUAUUUUUUUUUUGUUACGGCAAUCACCUUUAAAUUGUAGCCAACAAAAGACACAGAUCAAUAAUAAAAUUUAACAAGAUUUAUUAUACACAAGUUUACAAGAAGUAGUACACAAUUUGUCAAAUAGAAGUGUCAACUUAACUGUCAAAAUAUAUGUCCGAUCCUUUUGUCUUUUCUUUAUCCGGAAUUCUUCUCUUCACUGUUGUCGGAAUCAAACAGAAUGUUACGUCCAAUAAGUCACAAUCUAGUAUGAUGUAGUUAACGUAAAUAAAAGUGUCAAUCCAACAUCUGAGAACACAAGAAUGUCAAUGUCUGAUCUGCAAUUUCGAUAUCUGUAUAUAUAGUUAUCACGGAAACUUCUAGAACACUGUAGAAAGGAAACCCCUAGAAAACUAUAGAACGGAAACUUCUAGAACAAUUCAGAAAUUUAGAUUACGCAUCUUUUAUUAUGAUCAUUCUGGAAUCGUCAUGUAAGUAAAAUACAAAGUUCUAAUCGUUCUAUCAGUAUAUAUGAUUGUUCUAGUGAUUUAUAAACUACACAGUUACACUAUUUUUUUAUUAUUAUAAAUAGUAUGUAAACAUAUUACAAGACCACACAAAACAAAUUAGGCCAACUAAAUAAAUAUGAUAUAUAAAUAUCAUAACACUUGAUAAAAUAAUUUGAGAACGUUUGUUAGCCUUUUACUUUUAUUACCUAUGGUGUUAGCUGUCCUGCAUCUGCUUCAAUUAUGAGUUGUCAUUUAUUCCUUGGUAUAAUCUUGUUAAUUUUUUUCAUUGAAUGAUUAUUUUAUGGUUUUUACUUAAAAUAACAAUAUGCUAUUUAACUGAUAUAGAUGGUCCUGACAUAGUUGUGCUGAAACCUGAAUACACGGCUAUCAAUGUUACAGAAGGAACUAUACUAGGCCCUAUACAUUGCACUGCCGAUUGUAAUCCGAAAUGUAUAUUCAAUUGGAUAUUUAGCACAUCAAGACAUUUUGAACUCGUCCAUUCAUAUCAGAUUCUAACUGUAGCUGACAUAAAGAAGAAUCAGACUGGGACCUACUGUUGCAGUAUUGUUCAUCCUUAUGACAUAAAAAUUAUGAGAAGAAUAGAUCUAGUAGUAAAUGUACAGUAUUCCCCCAAAAUUAUAGAACUUUGGCUAAGUGAUAAAAACGAACCUUAUGAAUGGAGUAACGGUACAAUCCAUAGUGUCAGUGAAGACGUAAAUCUCAAGAUAACAUUGAGUAUUGAAAGUAAUCCAGAUCCGCAAAUAGUAUUAAGCUCGUCUUUGAUGAAGUUUCCACCAUUACGUUAUACGAAAAGAGGUAUUGAGUUUUUAUCAGAACUCCCUUCUCUUAAAUGUGAAGAUUCAGGAAACUUUACUAUACAGGCUAUCAAUGGAAUUAAAUAUGGAGAUACUAGAACAGUAAACUUAAUGAUAUAUUGUAAACCUCGGAAUGUCAUAGCAGACGUCAAGACAAUAAAAACAAAAGUUAACAAAACUGAAAAUAUAGUAAUGCAGACAGUUUCAUUCCCUAAGCCAACUGUACUUUGGGCUCGUACGACUGGAUUCGUCUGGAUGGUUCAAAAAGAUAGAUAUGAUUACAGAUAUAGAAUGUAUUCUUCUAUACAUAUUAAGUCGGAAGAUGACUUUGGCGAAUAUGGAAUACAUGUAUGCAAUAGAUUCGGAUGUAUUGUAGAAAUUAUCACUAUAGCAUAUGAAGAUGAUGCUGGAACAGCCAAAAACGAAGACCAAGGAAUGUUUGCAGCGGGAAUAACAACUUUAAUAUUUGGUUUGAUAGCCUUAAUUCCUGGAACAUUUUUCGCUAUUCGCAAGUGUUUGAAAACCAUGAAAAAAAUAUCAGUUCAAUCUGAUGAAUAUACUGAUGUGACGAGAAGAAAUCCAGCAUUUUCAGAUCAAUAUUCUAGCUUGCAGCCUCAAUCAGAAUCAAGACCUCUUCAAGAGCCCAGUAAUGAUACAUAUGAAGAAUGUGGAAUAACACCUGAGUCGGAUGUCUAUCAAAAUAUUGAAGAGGGAUCGGGAAAAGAGAAAAAAAAACACCAACCAGAUGAUGAGUGCUGAAAUGAAGAUUUAGCCGUUCGCUAAGGAUAUUGAUUUCAGUUUUGAUAUAUACUUCUGUAAUCAGUUAAACAAUAUGUUAUUUAAUGAUCUGUGUCCUUCCAGGUGAAUGGUAUACUAUUCUGUGUGUUAUUUAGGUAUCUGAUAUUUUAGAUAUGAUGUUAAAAGAUACAUCAAAAGACAAAAAAAGAAAAUCGGAAAUGGGAUAAUGGCAAAAGAAAUUGAUCUUCCGCGGACAUAUUUGGAUAGUUAUUUUAACGCUUCCUUGUAAUAAAUUUAUUUCGUGAAAAGGUGACUGACAUUUCUCUGCGUUUACCGAACUUUUUCCUUUAUCUUCAUGCAAAGUCAAAUUCAAAAUGAAUUUCUUCAAUUUUAAAUGAAAUCAAAAUCAUCAAAAAGACACAAGCAUAUAUUUAAUUUUUGGAUGAUACCCUGCAUGAACAUUUUCAUAUGGAGGAAAGGCAAACAACAUUAGUUUGGUCAUGUACCUUCUACAAAAAUUGGGACGUCCACUAAAUUAGGUACAACAUUUCAUCAUUCGUUUGUGAUCGUGUGAUGAAUUCCAAACUAAAGGUUUUACAGUAUAUUCAUUCAGAUGACACCAAUACCACUAGUUUUGAUGGCUUAAACAUUUUGCUUGUUAUUUCAUCUUUUUGAUUUGGUUACUGGUUGUUAUAUGAAUUUCUAUUUAUCUUCAUUGUCUUGUCAAUCGCCAUGCUUGUUUUACAAUAGUACUUAGACAUGUACUAAAUUUCUACACUAAUAUGAGUAUCUGUCUUAGAUGAAUAUUUAUUUUAUUUAAUGAAAAUAAUGUAUGUACAUUUGUAAGUAAGGUUAAAAAUAUAGUAGAUAUAUGUGACUUCCAAAAUUUGGAAUAAUUAAAGUAAUUUAAAAGACAAAUUGAAUACAAGCUUAAGUUCUUUACAACUGUUUUUUUUUAAAUCAAAUUACUCACAAAAACAUGUGUAAAAGUCCCCAACAACGUGUACAGUAAGGAACACAUUUUUGAAGGAAGAAUUGAAAUUUGAAGUAUAUUAAGAGAUCUUGAAUCUGCAUGCAAAUACUAUUUGAUGGAGAUUUAGAUCUAGAAUUACAUACCAUAGACCCCCAAUAGAAAAAGGGAGAUUUCAUAACGUUGAUAGAAAUGAUAAAACAUUUCAUCUACGGAUUUGAGACGAAUUCCAUUAUCUAGUAGUAUUUUAGCGACAGUAGGAAAUAGUUAUCGGAGAUAUGAAAUACUAAUUGGCACAUACAAUCAUAUAAUUACAUAAUGCGCCAGUAAAACAAAACUCGUAAGUAUAAAGAUUAUGUUAGUCUAUCAAAUACGAGUCGGUUCUGUUGGUUAAACUGUAACUUGUAUUGAAACCACUGUAAUGUAUGUACAUGUUUGUACAUAAAUCACAUUUUUGUAAAUGUGCUGCUACCCUCUGUACAUUUGUAUCUUCAAUGGAAAUAAAGU